CCGCCCCCGCCCGGGUCCCGGCGCUCCCGGAGCGCUGCCGCCGCCGGGACCCUGCCCCGCGGGUCGGCGGAGAGGGUUGAGGGAGCGAUCCCGCUCCCUGCUGCUGGCGACAGCCCCGUGCCAGCCAGCCGGGAUCCCCCGGGCAGGACGGGACCUGCGGUGCCGGAUGGAGACGGGCGCGGCGGGCCCCGUUCAGGGGCGGACAGGACUUGGGCAAACACUCAUGGCUUUUCCGUGCCGGCAUUUAGCAUGGAAAGUGCUUUAAAAUGAAUAAACCAAACCACCAAGCUAGGAAGCUUGCUCUUAAUUUCGAUCCGGCACACGAGCUUUUCGAUGGCUGACAGCUGUGCGCGCACCGCAAAAGGACAGAACCUGUUCCUCUGGUCCCACCGGGCCGGCGGCUCUGCCGCGCACACCGGGCACAUUCGCUCUCGGCGCUCGGGAGAAGUUUUCACGCUGCUGUUUAACUAAAGGUUCACUGUCUCAAUGGAAGUGGUACCAGCCUGGGCCCCAGCAGUAGGUUUCACACUCCUGCCACAUGCAGGAGGAUUUUUAGGAAGCAAUAUAACCAAAAGGGAAAUCCCAACAUGGUAUCAAACUCUACAGAAACCAUCCUGGUGUCCACCUAACUGGAUGUUUGCUCCUGUUUGGGGAACUCUCUAUACAUCUAUGGGAUUCGGCUCCUACCUUGUGUGGAAGGAACUGGGGGGCUUCAAUGAAAAGUCAGUGGUUCCUCUGGGUCUGUAUGCAGGGAACCUGGCAUUAAACUGGGCAUGGACUCCAAUAUUUUUUGGAGCUCACAAAAUGGGAUGGGGGUUGGUGACUCUCCUGCUUACAACUGGUACAGCAACAGCUACCACUGCUUCCUGGUACAACAUCAACAAAGCAGCAGCCUAUUUGAUGAUUCCUUAUUUAGCAUGGCUAACCUUGGCUUCUGCACUCAAUUAUCGGAUCUGGAAGGACAAUCGCAACAAGAAAAUAUCUGAAUAAGCAGUUUUCAGCCAAAACUAUCUUUUUUUUUCACAAUAAUUUUUUAUAUAAAGUUAUGGCCUUGGUUUAUUAUUAGCUGAACUACUUCAGCCCUAACUUUGGUAUUUACAAGUUGACAAAACAAAUACAACUUUACUAAGCGAGCCACAAAGGGGUGUAUGCCUGAUUGGGUUUUAUAGCAAACUAAAAGAAAGUCUUGAUUGAAAAGUGCUAAGUGCCAUAUUCCAGUAUUAUAUGUUAAAUGACAACAGUAUUGUAACCAUUACCAGAAGAAAGCAGGGACUCAAACUUCCUUAUGUUCAUAGGAAGAAAUCCAGCCACACACUAACAGUUUCCAGAAAGGUGUUCCUAACAGUGACAGGGAUGAUUGUGGCCUGAAUCUUUCAUAUUUACCACUAGGCACAAUGCUUUUCUGCUAUGAUAUGUCCCAUUACAGCCAUCAGAUAUUUGUCUUCUGGCCAUUGUACUCUGAAAACGUUUAAGACAAGCUCUUUUUAACAAUUUGUGCCUUCCCACUUGGAAGAACUGCAUGUGCAUUCAGCUAAAUGUAUUAAACUACAUGUAAACUUAAUAA